AUUUUUACCAACGUAACAUAUGUAAUAAAAUUUGUUUAGGAAAAAUAUGAACAGAUAAACCACUUUUUACAAAGUAGAUAAUCACCAACCUACGGUUACAUUUUCAACACACACUGGUACUGCACUGUAUAGAACUAUAGUAUAGAUUAGAUAGAGGUACCCAAUAUGAUUUCUGUCAAAGAAAAAGUUGAACUUUUUGGUAGGUAGGUACUUGUGCUUGCCAUUCUCUUGCAUGAAUUUCCUUUUUUUUUUUUUUUUUUUUUUUUUUAAUGAUACUGACGUAGGUAGUAAAUGUUGAAAUUUUCGCAUAACAAUUAUCAAGCUUUAGACAAAAUUAAAUUUACUCAAAUUUUCGGUUCUGGACUUCUUUGUAUUAAAUGAAAAUGAAUUCACUUCUACUGUUUCCUUCAACAUUAUGCUUGAGUUUAAUAGUGAAUACUUAUGGAUAUGUUUAUGGUCCUGUGGUAGAUCGAAAAAUUUUAUAUGAUGAGCAGUAUACAACGUUCAUUACUUGCCAAACUGCAGCUACUGUGAUUCGAACAGCUUUAAAAUUAAAUAUACCACUGGAAUCGUUUGAAAUACCACCUCGUCCUAUUAUGGAUGAGGAUGUGACGUAUUAUCUGUUCACUCGAAAGAAUUCUAAUACUCCUGACAUUCUGCGUUCGAGUGAUUCAGCAGGCAAAAUCAAAUCCUCAAAUAUCAAUUUUAAAAAGGAGACUGUAUUUUACAUUCACGGUUAUAAUCAAACCAUCUAUAAUGGAGUAUCAAAUUUCACAAAAUUUCUGCUUCCUAAAAAGGACGUGAAUGUGAUCAUCGUAAAUUGGGACUCAUACGCCACUUUCAACCUUGAAUAUUCUAGAUCAAUCACAGUACCUAGAUUGGGAGAAAUCGUCGGUAGAUUCGUGAAAAAUUUAAUCAACGCGGGUGCUAAUCCAAAAAAUAUUCACUUAAUUGGAUUCAGUGCUGGAGGAGAAGCCGUUGGACUGGCUGGGAAAACAAUCAAUCCCAGAGUGGGAAGAAUUUCAGCAUUUGAUCCGGAGGGAAGUUGCUUUAACUUUGCACCUUCUACUCAGAGAAUUUCUAAAACUGACGCCGAUUUCGUGCAAAUAGUCCAUUGCAGUGUUGGUAUUCGUGCUUUACCUCCUUAUAUCAUGGGGGAUGUGACUUUUAUAAUGAAUGGAGGCGUACUUCAGCCUAAUUGCGUUAAUGAAACUUCAAUCAUGGAUCUAGGAGACUGUAGUCAUGCUCAAUGUGAAACAUUCUUGUACGAGACGUUGACGUUCAAAGGGAAUAAAUCAUUAGUGGGUACGAAAUGCGGUAGUUUUUUAAAUUAUGAUUUAAACCAAUGUGAUUGUCAAGAUCGUGUUCAGUUGACUUAUGAUAUUCCAACGAGUCUUGAAGGUUUGUAUUUCAUUAACACAGUUUCCAACAAGCCAUGUGGCGAUCAAAAAAAGGUAUAGCCAAGAGAUCUCGCACCCAUAGAAAAAGAUCAAUUGGUUUUUAGUACCUAGGUUAACUAUAUUAAAGAUCAUUGUUUGAUUUAAUGUACGUAUAAAUAAUAUGCUUGUUCAGUCUCAUUUUUUUUUUUUUUUCUUAAUAAUUGUGUAGGUACUAGAAAAUUUUGAAUCGAUUAUCCAAUUCUUAUUCUUUCGUAGCCUUCAUUUGAACAAUAAUACUACAGGCCUUCAUUUUCAUGAUAAAUCAUUUUUCUCCAAGUCAAGAAAAUUUUGUUCAAAAAAACAACAAAAAAACCAACUUCAAAAUUUGAAGUCAAAUUGAACACAGAAAAACACGAUUUAGGAAAAUCAAAUUUUGAGUUUUGUGUUUAGAUUUUAAAAUGAAGCUUGCGAGUUUUUUUGAAUUCACAUUAUUGUGUUCAAUGUUUAAUCGGUUUGGGUUUCGAUUCUGAGUUUGCAUCCGACAAAAAUUAGGAUAAAAGAGACAUACCGAAUUAUUUAAGUUAUUCACCAGUUUUUUUUUUUUUUUGCUAAAACUCAACCUGAGGAUUGAAUUUAGUUCUACAUAUAAUCAAUUACACUGACUCACCUAAGUACCUAAUAACCUAAAUCGGAAUUCGUUCAAUUCUGGAUCAAAACCGAUGAAAUAUUCUGAGUGCUUGAUUGGAAUUGAAUAAAAUCCUGGCUAAAAGUACAUAUCUCCAUAUUAGUACUUGGUAGGUAUCGUAAUUUUCAUUUCAUUUCGGUUUUCGCGUUUUACGUAAUAGGACAGAAAUAUUUGCCUGUUACGUUAGCACUGUCACACAUUUUUUCGAAGAAAUGAAUAAACUAUUUUCACGAAGAAGAUAAUAUUUGAUUUAUGCUGUAGCUGACCUGUUAUUAGGUAGGUACUAUUCUAACAUAGGUAGAUAUUAUUAUCUAUUAAGCUAAUCUACCUUUGUAGUUCUAUGUACGUAUCAAGUAGGUAGGUAGGUAAGUAGAUAAGAUAUGUGAUUUUUACCAUCCAAAAAUUAUGCAAAUGAGAGCUGUCAUUUCAUGUAUUUCAACUUUUUUGGCAGUGUCAUUGUCAAUAAUGUUCAAUGUUUUGUGAAAAAUUCACAGUCUAGAAUUUUUUGCUCUUUAUUACCUACUGAAUCUUAUAAAAUGAAAAUGAUUUUUUUCGUGCAGUUGUCAUUAAAAUUAUUUCUGUUUUUUGUGCCAAAUAUUCAUGGAUAUGUUUUUGGCCGUAAGUAACAUGACAGUAAUUUUUUUUCCAGCUGUGAUAGAUCCAACGAUUUUAUACAAUCAGAAGUAUUCAUCUUUUAUCGAUUGCCAAAUUUCUGCAAUUGUAAUUCGUGGAGCUUUAAGAGCUAAUAUACCCUUGGAUAAUGUGCCCACACGUCCUGUUAUGGACGAAGAUGUGUCGUAUUAUCUGUUUACUCG